AUACCAAAAUAAAUAUGGUGCAUGUAUGUAGCGACCCCGGUAGUCAGCUAGAUCUGCAACUGUUGAUGUUGUGAACUUGUAAAGAUGGUUUAGAAACUUCGUUUUGAAUUAUUUUAAGCGAAAAAUAUAGAUUUGCUCAAAAUUUAGGUCUCGUUGUUUAUUAUAUUCUCUUUUGUGCAUUGAAAAUUCAAACUUACAACCCCAAAAAUAUAAAUUUGGAAACUUGUUGUUAGCUUAGGAGUGCUUUCGAUCGCACCGCAGUUUGAAGAUAAUCCACGCCUGGACUUCGGGGCGCUCUUUCGGUCAGUGUGCCGUCGGCCGCCUGUGUUGUGUGACUGUGAGUGUGAGACUGAGCUGAGAGCAGAUCAAUCAUCAAGCCUGCUGGCCUGACUAAGUUUUGGGUCUACGACCUCACCAGUAAACAAUACAAGCAGAGAUCACACCUUAAAGUACGAUAAAGGGUAUUUUCAAUAAAAUGGCCACUGUUGCUACUCCACCUUCAAAUGGCGGCAUUCUUCGACAAACGCCUCCAACUCCAAAUUCGCAAGAAAGUGAGGCUGUAACUGCUAGCAAUACAGGAAAAUUCAAAGACAGAAACCCUGACAUGACUGCGGCAGGAAAACUCAUAACAAUGGAAGGAGAGACAACAAGAGAUUGUAUGAAUAUUCCAAGGGUUCUUACUCCACCACUUGUUAAGAAAUUCCGCAACACAACACGACCUGAGCCCCAAGUCAGGAGAGUUUUCUAUGGGAAAGCAGAUGACCCUGACGUUGCCUCUACUGUAUCUCAUGGUGUUAUUACAACAGGUUCAUUAAAGGCUGGAGAAGUUGUCAGCCCCAAUCCAAAGACGCUUUUUGAGCAGCGGCUUGCUGACAAGAAAGAAUCUCAGUAUGCCAGUAAACAGAAAGCACCUCUUGGCUCAUCUCAUGAUCAGAGACCUGGCCUUCCCAAGGACAUGAACCCUCUUGAGAAAACAUUUGGCACUCCAAAUAUCUUCGAUUGUUCGGCUGGAGAGCUUGUGAGCCCAGCGAAGACAUACCAGCAAGUUUAUGUUGAGAGUGAAGAAGGUCGUGACCUCUACAGGAAAACACAUCAUAACUUUCAUGUUGGAGAGCCGGUUGACAGGGAUUAUGACUGGUCACAGUACCCAAAAGAUGGAUUAUUUGGCAUACCCACUCCACACGAUAAUGAUGGCAAGAACGUCUCUCAAACUUUGAAAUGGCUGCGAAAUGAUCAGUUGGAUAAAGGCACCAAGAUCGUAUCCAAACGCGUUGAUGACUUCAGGGAGCGUACCCAGCCUCAGCUUGGACAGGUCCAUGACCCCAUCAAAGAUACCCUGACAGUUCCUCCUGACCACUCCUUUGGUAUCCUGAUCAAACCGGAUGAAUAUGGAGCAGGGGAUCUUAUGCAUGGAAGGUACCCUGGUAGUUAUCUCAGGGGGAAAGACAGAGAAAGGGGACUUGUAGCCGCCAUCAGACAACAGCUUAAGAAAGCCAACUAUCACAAUUUUAACAACCUGCAGGCUGCAUUUAAUCAUUAUGACAAGAAUGGUGACGGCAAGGUAGACAUCAAUGAGUUACGGCUCUGCUGUGAUCAGUUCAGUCUUCCCAUUGAACCAGAGCUCUUGGAGCAGCUCAUUCUCUACUGCGAUGCCAACUCAGACGGCUGCAUCGAUUACAACGAAUUUGCAAACUUCCUCAACUGGAAGGACAAGAUGAACGAAGGAGAGAGACUAACCAACCCUGCAUCUGCUGCUGUGAAAGAUGAAGCAGAGGGAACAAAGGAAGGAACACCUGAAAGAAUGAAGAAGCAGAUAGACCAAGCCAUUGGUGGUCAUAGAACAUCUGCUCAGAUGAUCAAUGCUGUGGUCGGUGGAGUCUCCACGAAAGGUUACAGAACUUAUGGUGUACCAACCGUCCGAAGCGAUAUUGCAGCUCCAAGAACAAAACGAAUCAGUGACACAAAGAAUUAUGGUGACGAAUCUGAUGCAUAUGGUCUUAUCAAUCCAUCUAUGUACAGUAAUAAGGGUAUCUAUGAGAAGGACUUUUUCCAGCCAAGAGAACCGGAACAAAUCAAAGGAAUUUUUUCCAACAUCGGUGUUGAGAUGGAUCCAGAGACAUUCCAAAAGCUCUGGAUGGUAGCAUCUACAAGGAGUGAUGGAGGUCAGGUCAGUGUGGAAAGCUUUAGGAAUGUCUUAGAUGAGGUCCAAGCCUUGCAACUAGCUGAUGAAGCUCAGACGCUAGGAAGACCAGAAUUGGUUUAAGCCACCUUCACAUCUAGCCACUUCAGAACUCAUUUAAUGGUCAUGAGGAAAAAUAUAAGUGAUGGAUGUCACAAACUUAAACUACCACAAAUAUGGCAAAGAUGAGAAAGAAUACUGCAGAAUCUUUCAUAUUGAUAUGAACUCGGUCCAUUCUUCAAGUGCUGAACCAAUGACCAAAUUAUUUGGUCUGUGCAUCACUCCAUUUCAAGUCAAUAUCAUUUGCCAAGAUUCAAAUUUCAUGAGGACAUCAACAUUUUAGCAUAUAUUUUUUGGGGAAAGGAGAUUUAUUUACUACAGAUGGAUGUUUGUCAUGUGGGGAAGAUAAAAUUUUACAAUAAUUCUCAUGUCAUUUGAGCUCUCCAGACUCAAAUAUAAAGAAAUUGAUGGAAUAAAAUAUAAAUCAUCUUUAGCUAGGAAUUAUUCACCUGAAUUAGAUUUGUACAUUUGAUUAUUAUGUACACAUUACAAUGCUCUAUGUGAUAUACACAUGUACAAACCAGUCUUCUUCAUGAUUAAUUGUACUUAAUCUAUGCAAGUGCACACCACUCCACCCAUCUUUUUUAUCAUCAAUAUUUCAUUUAUCAAUUUGUAUCAUACAAUCUUGAUUAUUAAGUGGGGUUCACAUAGUAAGAAAGGAAACUUUGAAGAAAUUAGUUAUUAGUGAUAUAUAUCAUAUAUUUGGACUUGCAAAGAAUACCAACCUGCUGAAUGAUGAUCAUUAUUUCCACUAUUUCUUCCAGUAUACUUCAUUAUUUCUAAUAGUGAACUACUACAUGUAUGUGCCUUGAUUAAGCAGACGUGCUUGUAGAAUUAGAUUUUGAAAAGCAAUUUUCUAAUUCCACCAUUCUAUGCACUGUUAUAAGUGUUCUGCAGUAUUUUCACCCUACUACUGUUUACAAACCUAUGUGUAUUUAUUUAUCCAUUGGUGCAGAUCUAGCCAUGUUUGAAUAUAUAAAUUGACUUGGUGCCUAUACAAGUAAAUCAUUUAUCAGAUAUUCUGUUUACACUUUGCUUCAAUAAGUUAUAUCACUUGCAUUGAUGUCAGGACACAAUGUAUAGGGAUUUCUAAAUUCAUUAUUUAAAUAUUUAAGUCUGAAUCAUUCCAAUAUGUACUAGAACAAGCUGCCUUUGUCAAGUUGUUUAUGAAGUAUAAUCCGUCCACACUCAUUUGUGUCAUUGAUCAUAAACUAUUCAUCUAUUGUGUGUGCCUUGAUAGUAUUCAAACUAAUCCACCGAAUAUCACCGAUAUUUCAAUCUAUGCAAAUUUAAAAUAUUGAUAAUCUAGUCAUGUAAAUUUCUGUACUUAUUUCAAUCUUCUAUCUUCCAUUACAUACAUUACCUACUCACGAUAAUCAGCAAGAAGAUAGUGUGCAGGUUUUCUUUUGAUCUUGACGUACCUACAGGACUUGUAAAUGGCCUUUCAGUUUCAAUGCAGUCUGUUUCAAUUGUUUGCACUGAUAUUAAUUUAUUAUGAUUCAAAUGUAGCAGCAUAAUUUUGCUUGUACGUGCAGAAUUAAAUUGAUCAGUUUAUUCUUAUUUCAUGUGAAUACUAUGUCUUGUGACUAGUAUGGACUCACUUUGUUUAAGGAUUUAUAUGAUAAGAUUCAACUAGGGUUGAAGUUGCUUCAAGUAAUUUCCAUUAUUUUUGCAGAGACAAUACAGAGUUCUUUCCUUCUUGUGUAAUAUAAACUCAUGCAGUGUCUUGAUUAUCUCUUGCAAGUACAUUAAACUCACAACAUUGAUUUUAUGCAACAUUAUUCCAUCCAGGAUCAUUAUACAGUGCCUCUCUUGUUUUCCAGAUGUGUAAUCUUUCAGUGUUUGCUAUUCUACAAAAUCUGUCAUCAUGUGUAUUCACUCCCCAGUAGAGAGCCGUGUUACAACAGUCAAAUAUGAAUAUGUAUAUUUUGUAUAUAUAAUGUAUUAUAAAAUAUGAAUAUAUCAGUGUAUGAUAUGCAAUAAAGAAAACAAGGUAAAUAGA